CUACCGUCACUCCCGGCUUCGAUUGAAACGCUCCAUGCGCGGCGCGGGGUGGGCUGGGCUGAGCUGGGGAGAAAGGAGAUUCCGACUAAACAUCAGGAAGAACUUUCUGACGGCAAGACGGUGGAACCGACUCCCUCGCGAGGUGGUGGACUCAUUCCCUGGAAGUUUUUAAGUAGAGGCUAAAUGGUUUGACUAAACUGCGGGAGGCAGUGGAGAAGACAGGAGUGCCUGGCGUGCUCUGGUCCAUGGAGUCACGAAGAGUCGGACACGAGUAAACGACUAAACAACAAAAUGGUCAUCUGUAGUGUCAAGGAUGCUUUAGCUGAGAUGCCUGCAUUGCGGGGGGUGGGACUAGAUGACCCUCGGGGAACUCCUUUCCAACUAUACAGUGCUAGGGACGCUUUCAAGGCAGUGCAAGGAAAGGGAGCCUCUGACCCUGCCCUCCCUCUCCCCACCUUUCUUUUUCUUUCUAACCCUCCUCCUCAAUCCAUUCACACACGCGUUUCCACCACCCUUGCCACUCCAAUGGCGGGUUUCCGCCGCGCGGCGACCGGAAAGACUCCUGAAGGACCACCUUGACUGGGGCUCCUCUUGCCCUUACCUUUUGCCCUGCCAGCAUGGCCGCCGCCUGCGUCCUCCGCCGCCUCCGCCUGCCUCGCCUGCCCUCGGCAGCUGCCGCGCGGCUGCCUCCCCGUCGCUUCCUGGCGGCGGCGGCGCCUCAGUUCCAGUACAUCGUGGUGGAGAAGCGCGGCUCGGCGCAGAGCGUGGCGGUGAUCCGCCUGAACCGCCCGCAGGCCCUGAACGCGCUGUGCGACGGGCUGAUGGCCGAGAUGGGCGAGGCGCUGGACUCCCUGGAGCGGGACCCUGGCGUGGGCGCCGUGGUCAUCACGGGCAGCGAGAAGGCGUUCGCGGCCGGCGCGGACAUCAAGGAGAUGCAGGGCCGCACCUUCCAGGAGUGCCACGCGGGGAACUUCCUGGCGCACUGGAACCGGGUCUCCACGGUCAGGAAGCCCGUCAUCGCCGCGGUCAAUGGCUACGCGCUCGGCGGAGGCUGCGAGCUGGCCAUGAUGUGCGACAUCAUCUACGCCGGCGAGAAGGCGCAGUUCGGGCAGCCCGAGAUCCUGCUGGGCACCAUCCCCGGCGCCGGCGGCACGCAGAGGCUGACCCGGGCCGUGGGCAAGUCCCUGGCCAUGGAGAUGAUCCUCACCGGCGAGCGUAUCUCGGCGCAAGAGGCCAAGGCGGCCGGCCUGGUCAGCAGGGUCUGCCCCGUGGACAAGCUGCUGGACGAAGCCGUCGGCUGCGGCGAGAAGAUCGCCAGGAACUCCAAGCUGGUGGCUGCCAUGGCCAAGGAGGCGGUGAAUGCGGCCUUCGAGAUGACUCUGGCAGAGGGCAAUAAGGCAGAGAAGAGGCUGUUCCACGCCACCUUCGCCACGGACGACAGGAAAGAAGGGAUGAGCGCCUUCGUGGAGAAGAGGCAGGCGAACUUUAAGGACCACUGAGUCGCCCGCAGAAGCUGCUGAUGCACAGUGUGCUGGGGGCUGGCUGGCUGGCUGAAGAGAUCGCAGCGUGUUUAUCCAGUCUGCCCAGAUGGCCUCUUCCAAGUGGCACCUCUCUGUGACAGGAGGCCUUUAAUUGCAAAUUAUGUGCCUUUCACUUGCCAGGAAGAUGAUGUAGGGGGGGGGUAGUUUGGGGAUAUGCAAUUCCUGCUAAUCACUUUCCUUUGUAAGGAAAUAAUUAUUGUCUACAGGUCUCCUUAAAUCGAUUGUUGGAGAAUGCCCCUGUCUGAAGACACCUUGGAGUACAUAGUUCCCCAAUUUGUUUAAUUGUAGUAAAUGGCCCUGAGACAGCAAUGCCAGAUGUAGGAGAUGUUACACAUGCACAUACAUGCGUGCACAAAACUUUAAGCUCUGUGAUUCUUUCCCAGCUCUGAUUGUAGGUUCUACCUCCACAUUAGGGUGAGUAGAGGCAGGUGCUUUAAUGCUAUCUUCAUCCUGGGCUGCUGACUCCUAUGUGUGCUUUGGGAGAGGUUUGCCCAAGGUAGUGGUUAUUUUGGUUUGAUCUGUUCUGUACUUGUUGUCACCUUCAGAGGUGGUGAGUCUGAGCUGUAGCUGAUGGCCACUGCAACAUGGUGGUGGGAAAAGGCUUAAGGGUAUGCUGGGGCUGGGCUUUGCAACUGCAUAAAGCAGCAAAUGGUACUCUAGUCUGCAUUAACUGAAUAAUUGUGACAAUACAUGUCUUUAAUAAAAUUACAUCAUUUCAAAAAGACUUUCUUCCUACUCUACUUGACUGUGCAGUCCUAUUCAUAUCUACUCAGAGGUAAGCCCCAUUGAUUUCAAUGGAACAUUCUCCCAGGUAAUAAUAUGCAUAGUAUUGUAGCCGGAAUCACCAUUUGGUGUGCGGCAGAUCUCCAGUAUUCAUUCUACUGUCUUUCUCAUAGAGUUAAAAGAAGGUAGGAAUCCUACACCAUUGCAGUCCUUAUUAAUACUGCUGGUCUAAAAGUGAACUGUUUUUCCGACUUCUUACGCAAAGGCAGUAAGAGGUUCAAGGGGGCAGAGUGACAGCACUCUGUCAAUAGAUUAUAGUGACUAAUGGUAAAUUUCAGGUUUUGACUGUGUCCCUUUACCUUUUCUAUAUCUCUGAUACCUCUGUUUUGUUUGGCCUCUGCUGUGUCAUGCUUGUUUCUUGAGGAACGGAUGGGUCAUAGUUCAAACAGGUAGAUCAAAGCAACAGGAGAAAGAGUAGCAUCUCCCGCAACCCCACCCCUUGGGGAAAGAUGUACAACUAGGAUGUUUCUGGAACUAGUUUACCUUUCUUUCUAUGACCUUGUCUUUAUCUAUUAAUUGGAUCCUUCCUGGAUAGUAUCUCAUUGCUUCAGGCAGUUACAUUGGACAGUGGGUAAAAACUCCUCUCUUCUCUUCCUUGUACUGAAAGGCUGACAAACUGACAAAUGAUAGAUAACAAUCCAACUAUAGCUCAUUUUUGCAUGGUGGGGGAAGGGGAUUGUGUGUGCAUAAGGUGAUGUGUAAAAGCAAGUCACAUACAGAGUUGUAUCUAGCUAACUUCUACUCAAGAGUAGAACAUUGAAAUUAAAGGGUCUCUAUUACUUUCUCUGGGUCUGCUCUCAGUAUGAUUAGCAUUGGACUAUAUGACUAGCCAUGGACUGUAUCCUCCGGAAACAUUGGGGAGAGCAAAGGGGGGUGUCAAUCAAGCUUACAUGUGUUUGGACCUAUUGUGGAGCACCCACAUCAUACAUCUAUACGUGCUUGGUGAAGGGUGAUGCAUUGCAUUGGCCCAUUGCACCACUGGCUACAGAAGGUAUUUGGCCUGCUGAGAGUCUGCACUGGCACAGAGGUGUGAAAGGCAGAGACUCUCUGGGUUUGAUUUGCAUGGUGUGUGUGUAAGUAUGGGUGUGCUGGUAAAAGAGGAGAGGCUUCUGCUUUUAUUUUAUUGUGUUUAAUAAAGGCCUUUGGACAAGUGGAAUUGAGCCAAGUGGUAUUGUAAUAACGAACUCCUUGUUUUUUGAAUACUGUCCAUUCUUAUGAACACCUGCUCUUCUACAGCUUAACCUAGAAGAAAAGAAAAGAAUAGGAAAUCAACUAGAUCUUAAUUUGGAUUAUGGGACAGCAGAAAAUGUCAAGAAGCGAAACAACUUUCAGCCACUUUUCUAACUAUGCAAAUAACAGUAGACCUAGCUGCAAAAAUAUGCAUUUCGGGGUGUAGAGGCAACUCUUUGGACUAAUUGGGACUUAUUUCUGCAUAAGCAUACCUAGGAUUGUAUUGUUUGUUAUAAUAUAGCAAAUUUUCUGACUUCUACAAAUAUGACUUCCCAAAUCAAUAAUAUUAAGAACUUAGAAGCUCAUUAUGUACUAGGCAAAUGGUUAGAUGUGAUGCCAACGCAGGAGCUGUUGUUUUGCAGUCAUCAUCUUUCAGUGAGAAUUUCUGCUACCGUAUACUGAGUUAACGUCAGCUUAAAAAUAUCAACAUUAAGAAUUGGACAUACCUUAUGAGCGGCAUUUCCCUCUGUGCCGAAUGCCAAUUUGAACUCCAGUUGCCCUGUAAUAGCAGAGGAAUGAUUUAUAUAAAUGACUACCAAAAGUCUGGGGCUCUAAUAUCCUGAUGGGGAUAAUGUACUUAGAGUUGCUGUGUGUACGUAUUACUAAAGUGGCAUAAAGAAAGUAGUGCUUGAACAAACACAAACACACACACAUAUAUUUCUCCCCCAGCUUUCGAUCCUAUUAUUUCCAAGGCAUUUUACCAUAUAAAACUAUUAGCAAGACCAUCAUCAACAUAAACAAUAACCCAAGGUUCGAAAAGUCUGCUGUAGAGUGUGCGCAUGGUAUUUUACAGUUGUUUUAGAAGUAGUUUCUUGCCAUGUUGGACUUACCAGAUUCGUGCACACAAGAUGCAUUCAUGGGCAUAGGUUAUACCAUCAGUGCCACACACAGGCCUGUCUUCUCGUGGGCAAUCACCACCAAGUGGUGGCUGUGGAUACCUGCUGCAGUCAACCUACAAAUAUAUAAUCCAGAGAGUGGAAACAAAUGCAGCUUGACAAUACUAACUUUCAGCAAGUUCAGCCUUUGUUGGCCAGGUGAAACGAGGCAGGAGGGACAGAUAAGGUCUCCUUGUAAAAGGAGAGAAAUCAUAAGCCAUCUACUCUCAGCAGCCAGGAACAUCAUUACUAGACACUGGAGAGACCUGUCAGGAGUGAACACGGACCACUGGUAUCAAGCCAUAUGGGAAACAGCCCCCCUAGAGAAGCUAACCGAAAGAAAAUACUUUAUGAGUUGGUAUUCCAGAUAAUGAGAAUCUCUACCCUCAUUAGAAAACCCUUGGCAUUUUUGGACAAAUCAACCACAACAGCAUGCAUGGUUAUCUGCACCCUGAGUGGCCAGAUGACAAUAUAGGGCAGGCAUCCCCAAACUUCGGCCCUCCAGAUGUUUUGCACUACAAUUCCCAUCUUCCCCGACCACUGGUCCUGUUAGCUAGGGAUCAUGGGAGUUGUAGGCCAAAACAUCUGGAGGGCCGCAGUUUGGGGAUGCCUGAUAUAGGGUAUAUAAUUGGAAGUCCAAAAUGCCAUUUCCUUUAGAAAUGUAAAAAGAAUGCUGCUGUACAGCUCUUAAGCAGUAUUCUGUACACAGCAAGCAGAGACCCAUGUGGGCAGGGACAGAGCCUAUUGUGGGGGUAGUGUGCAGCAUUGCAGUGUUCUGCCUCCUUCUGUCACCCAAUUUUGUGGGUUUGCAUGAAAUUAAGCCGAGAAGCAGAGGUUUCCCCACCCAAAGCUACAGUCACACAGGUAUAGAAACUCCCUUCUCUUUCUACUAAUUCUAUAACUUGUGUCCCAGCUGUCUAUAUAAAAAAAUAGUCUGGGUUCAAUACACAGCGGGAAAGCGUAAGGAAUCAUUUAAAGACAGCAGUCAAUUUUAAAAUCCACUAAGAGUCAGAACUAAAAACAUGCCCCUAAAAUGAAAAAGGCCUUGUCCCCCAUACUAAUCCCAUUUUACAUCUGCCGGGGGGGGGGGUGGCAUUUAUUAUAGCUUUUAUAAAUAAGGAAAUACAAAAAUGCAUUCCUGGACAGUUUAUUUCUAAUGUGCAGAAUGUGAACACAAUUUGGUUGCUAAACAAGGAAACUAAAGGCUAUUUUUAAACAAAAUAUGCACUGACCUUCUUUCCUGAAGCUCCAGUACCUGAAAAAUAAUUCAAAAAGGCAUUUCAAAACACUACCAAUGAGAGAUCUUGGGGAGAUCUUGGGUUGGAUCCAGACUUAGCUAUGCUUAGGGUAGACCCACUGAAAUCUCUGGGACAAACAUUACGGAUGACUAACUUAAGUGAGUUCAAACCCAUGCAAGCUGGUGGUUACUAGACCAUAGGCUCCUCCCAACCUCCUUCCCCUUUUGACAUUUCUUUUCCUAUGCUUAAAUCAAGAUAGCUUACAAAUGGAAAUGUCAAUCACAACAUGAUGGAAACGAAACCUAAAAAUGAAACAGCAGUAAAAUGUCAUUUCUCCCACUACCCCUUAUAAAGUGGUCAUUGGUUAUGGAGACUUUAACAUAGUGCUACAAUGUGAAGGUAUCUUACCAAAAAAGAAGCAACAGUUUGCUAGAGAAAGUAUCAGAAGAAAGGUAAUCUUCAUAGUUAAUGAAGUCUGUAUUAAUCUUCUCUCAAGAUUCAGCCACUGCUCUCUGCUUUACCUAAGGAUGUACACAAUCAUAGAUAUAUAUACCAUAUGCACCAUAUCUAUAGAAGCAAUCACAUUCUUUAUCUGGACCAGGUCAUUAAUUAUCACAAGGCUCUGUCAUCUUGUUAUUUUACCUGCGGGAAACAAAAGACGAAUGGUAAUGAGAUAUGGAGGGAAAGUUGACAAGUACAUUCUUGUAUGUGUAUAGGAGAACAGUAGCAGAACUUGAUAGUUCAUGGGAUGAUCUCACUCUUCAGCAUCCCAAAUGACCUCCAAAUAACUCUUAACUUGUUGUCUAAUGAAUACAUUCCGUUCAUUCUCCCAACCAUUCACAAAAAUUAAUGUUCUUCUCUUCAGGUAACAAGGGUCCCGGAGAAUUAAAUGGGAGCAGCAUAUCCAGAGUCCUGUUUGGUUGUAGUAAAUGGCCCUGAGACAGAAAUGCCAGACAUACUAUAGUUCAAAUUGCACCUUCUGCCUCCUCACUUGGAGUGAGUAGAGAAAUGUGUGUUAAACCUACUGUAGGCUGCUGGUCUUGUAUUUUUGGCAUAGAUUUGUUGAGGCUGGAAGUUCUUUUGAUUUGAUCUGUUCUGGAGUCAUGUGUCUGUUGCUGCUCUGGUAGUGAGUCCGAGCUGUAGCUGUUAUGCACUGCACACAAGCAAGAGAGGCACAUUUUUUUUAAAAAAAAAAGUUCUACAUCUGGUGCUGGAAAAAUAACAAGCACUGAGCAAUGUGGACUUUAGGGUGUGGGGAGACAGUGGGGAGAUCUCCAGUCAUCAUCCACUUUCUGGACUCAUAAAAGGACUUAGAGGAAGAUGUUAACACAUGUUGAAGUUCAUGCAGAAGGGGGGGGGUGGCGCAUUCUGUACCCAGGUUUUUUGUUUUCUUAAAUUCAUAUCUUACUUUUCUUCCUUCACAAAACCCAGGGUGGCAUGCAUGUGGUUUCUAUGUGUUAACUCAUCACGUCCAAGCAUUGACCAGACCCAGAUCUAUAUAACUUCAGCAACUUGGGAGCUUCCUGUGUGCCUUCAGGUUGGUUGUUGUGUGUUUAUCACCCUGAAUUUGAAGGAUACAGACAGUCUGACUCCAGAGGCAUGGUCCAAAAUGCUUUUAUCUGUAGCUAUAUCAGGGGGGGAAAUAACACAUCACUUAAAGGUACAAGGAAGGAACUGAAUUGCUUUAGAGGACUUAUGCAUAGCUAAUGGACAAGGUUGAGGGGCGCUGCCAUCCAACAACUUUUGGAGCAAACCAGGUUGAGGAUGACUUCCCUUCUUAUCUCUCUGUGGGGGCAGAUUUCACUUGCUCGCAUUGCUGCAUUUUGACCCUGUGGGACCUUCCUUUUGCAAUGUCAGGAUUUGCAACAUUAGACGUGAGCUACAAGGAAGGGUUUCUCCCCUUCUUUCAUUUAAAUAGCCACACAAGGAAGCUUGCAACAGGUGGGGUCAGAAUAGGUGAAAUAACUGGGUAAUAACUAUUGGGAAGGAUUGUGCAAUAAUAGGAGAAAGAAGCAUGUGUGCUGAGAGCCCCCAGCGAUGUGUAGGAAACCCAAGGGUUUUUAUUUGUUUUGUUUGUUGAUAGAUGUCCAUAAGAGAUUGCUUCACUCAGCAGAGGAAAGUUUGGGAAGGAUCCUGGGUAAGCCUUUGUCUUCCACCAUUUAUCCACACAAUCCUGCUUUUCACCAGCUACUUUCCUUUCCAGAGGUUAGAAGAGAUGAGGACCAAGUCUGAGUGGGAAAAUAGCAGGAAGGGAAUGGGGGAAGCGGCUUCUCCGCCUGCCACUCUUCUGUCCCUGAUCACAGAUUCCAUUUUCUUUACAACAAACAAACUAAAUGGCAAGUGCACCCCCCCCCCCAAAUGUGUUUCAUGUGUCAUCCAAUUUGGUUGUGGGCAGGUUGCUCAGCUUGGAAGAUGCUUAUAACCUGUACUGUGAGCAGGGCCAGAACAACAUAUUGCACAACCUGAGGGUCUCUGGAUGUCACUUCCCCCCUCUUGCAGUUUACCUUUAAAAAAUGUUGUGAUGCCGUGUUAGUGGUAGCAGUGCAGCUGAUGGCCUAAUGGAGCACCUUUGCCAUGUCUGCUUUUUGCCAGUGAACUGGGAAGAUAUGGAAAUAGGCAGCCAUGUUGCUAAUAGACAAGGGAAUACAAGUUUUGCUACCACCCCAAUCUGUCACCUGAGUCACACUGCUCAGCAGAGCUCAUGAUAGGCCAGCCUCGACUCUGGGUAAAGUCAGAGACCUUUGAAAGGAGCAGCUCUACAGUCUGGACUACGAUCCUCUCCGCAGUGUACAUUGACAAGUAGGAUCAUAUUGAUCAGAUUGAGCCAGUCCACCCCACGGAUGGCACUAAGUAAUGUUUUUUUCCUGAAAAGGGGUGGUGGUAGGCCAGAUCAGUUUGAGUAUCUCUAGCUUAGAGUCUAAGCCUUGAGCCAAUCUCGUGAAGACAGAACUAUCGGAGACAAAGAGCAGGACUUCCACAGGCAAAAUAAAUUUGGCUCCAACUGAUGGCAGUUGCAUUCAGUGUGAGCAAUUUUAAUGAGCAGGAACAGCACGUGGCAGAAGGCACUUCUUCCUUCCCUGCUCCCUCCACUGCCCCCACUCUGAAAAUGCACUGAUUCUAAUGGGUCAAAUGGUUUUAAAGGCAAAUUGAUAUGCAGGGGAAAGGGCAGAGAGGAGAGACUGUGGGCCCAGGGGCAUAGGAAGGGGGUGCGGCACACCCCGGGUAUCACCCUGAGGGGGAUGACAAAUAGUGGGCGGCACUCACCACGAAGCCGGCAGCACGCCUGAGCCAUGAGUCUCAGGUGCCCGCAGGCUCCGCACUGUCGGCCCACUGUCUUCCCCAGCUGUAGGGUGGCUGAGGCCCCGUGCCCCGUCCUGUCCUUAUGGGUGCUGUGCGCCCCGUGCCGUCCCUAUGGGCAGUUCGUCCUGCCCCUGGGCAUGCCACACCAGGUGUCCGAGCAAUUUCCUCCGCCACUGUGUUGGUCACAUUUGGCCUCUCUCCAUCCUUGCUUUAAAUCAAACCCUUAUUCAAAGUGAAUGGCAAGUAUGUCAACUGUGUUUUAUGUGUUUUGACCGACUCUUCGGGUGGCUAGCAGUACUCGUUUUAACACACAACCUGAGAUGAUAAUUUGUUAAAUAUGUAUUUUAUUCUGCGCACAACAGAUCCUGGAAUAAUCCAGGAGAUUAAAUAAACUUCAUAUUUUUGAACAAGGCUGCCACCAGCCUUUCAAACCAUGAAUCUUUGAGAAAAACCUUUAAAUGGGGAGUGAAUGGGUUUUACAUUUCUCAUUGUAAAAUGUUUGUCUCUCAUAUAUGCUUCAUUCUAUCAGCAAA